CACACCCCGCGAACCAACGUCGAUGCUAGCGCACGCUCUGGAUAGCCUGACGAUUGCUGCCGGGUGGGGAAGUGGGCAGAUUCGACGAGACCACAGUUCGGAGGUCUCCGGCCGCAACAACGAGCACCGAACGACCGUCGAAGACGGCCGAUUUGAGACGCUCUCGCGUCAUGAAAUGGGGUCGACAGCACGCCAAUUCGUGGAUCACCUAGAGUACCCCACGGAGAUGGAUAUUAGUAAGAGAAUCCGCAGUAACGAUUGAAAGCGGCAUGUACAUACUUGCGCGAUCAAAAACACCACUCCGGGGUCAUCCAGUGUCAGUAUCCCGGCCCACAGUAUGGCAAGCAAGAAUAUAAAUAUACAAAUACCCCUCGUGCAAUGGACACUCUGCAAGGUCGUACCCGAGAACUGUACUUCAAUUGACGAUCACCAUGGGUUUUACUGGAUUUCUUGCUCAGGGGAUAUUCCUCGGCGUGGCCCUGGGCUCUCUCGUGAUGGGCAACCAACCGGAGAAAGGAUAUGCUAUUAUGGACAAUGAUUGGGGUGCAAUCGGCUUUCUUCCGGUACUUCUUGCCCUCAAGGGUGACAUCGAAAUCCUGGGAUUGGUUUCUGGUAGGAGCUGUGGUAGUUCACAGUUUCGUUGCUGUCAUUAACACUUGUCUAGAUACCGCCAACUCAUGGCAGCAUCAGUGCGCGCAUCAUGCACUGGCAAACCUAGAAGUUGGAAACCUGACCUGCAUCCCCGUGUACGCCGGGGCAACAUACCCGCUCAUCAACACCCCGGAGCGGUUCCGUGCAUGGGAAACGGUCCAUGGUCGACUUCCCUGGCAAGGUGCCUUUGCUCCCGAAAACCAAACUGCAGAGGCGCUUGGUAGCGAUCCGACAUCGGGGAAUCCCGACCGAAUCGUCAGCUCUGCCUUCAUUGAGGGAUUUCCAAAGACCAAGAUCGACCGCUCGACAAAUGCUGCGAGCUUCAUGGUGGAGAUGGUCCAUAAAUACCCUCGCCAGGUUUCCAUUUACUCCGGCGGUGCGCUGACCAACGUUGCGUUAGCGGUCCGAAUGGAUUCGCAGUUCGCCUCGCUUGCUAAGGAGCUCGUCAUUAUGGGAGGAUAUCUCGAUGUGAAUAUGCUUCAGGUCACAGGCGAUUUCGAACAGGCGAAUAUUAAUUCUGAUAUCAAUCUGAUGAUAGAUCCUGAGGCGGCCAAGAUUGCGCUUAAUGCCGACUUUCCCGAGAUCAUUGUGGCGGGCAAUGUCGCCAACCAGGUACAAUCCACGCAAGAGUAUCUCGAUGAGGUCUACGCCGUAAAGAAUGACUAUACGAAGCUCUUCCAUGACCACUAUGGCACCAAUUUCCCAUUCUGGGAUGAGACGGCAGCGGCGCUGAUGGCUAAUCGCUCGCUCGCGACAAACUCCACCACUGCCUACAUUGAUGUUGAUAUAUCAUAUGGAAGCCCAAGUUACGGAAAUAUUCAUGUCUAUCAAGAAAUCCUCAAGCCGAGCGGUAUUCGCAACGUCACGUACGUGAAUCAAAUCGACGGCGAGGUGCUUAAGGACAUGAUGAAACAAGCCAUGUGGGAGCCUCCGACAUGCCGUUAAUUUCUCAAAACUGAAACAGCAUGGAUGAUCGAAAUCGAUGGACCGCGCUGCGACGCUUUAUAGUAGAUUACCACAGAGGUUCACAUUGUUUACUUCAGUCUGCUCUAGCUUCGCCGCG